UGAUUGCUGGACAGUGAACAACCAGUCCUAGUUAGGUUGCUGUUUACACUCACAGUCAAGCACUAUGUCACUAGCUCCCUCCUAGCUUGUUUCACAUUUGUUUCAUAGUGUGAAGCUCUCUCACUCCCUCGUAAAUUACUUCUACGCAACAAUGGCAGGAGGGCCCUUGAAGCUGUGGAAUGCGUGGGCAACACAGAUCCUAGUUCUAUUGAGCCUCACACUGCAGAUCGUCCUCCUCCUCUUCGCUGGGAUCCGCCGGCGUGAGUCAUCUGCCUUGCUGAGGUUCUUCCUCUGGUUGGCGUACCUGCUGGCUGACUCCACCGCGAUAUACACCCUCGGGCACCUCUCCCUGAGCAGCGUGACACGUGACCACAAGCUGGUGGCAUUCUGGGCGCCAUUCUUGCUUCUCCACCUUGGCAGGCCAGACAACAUCACCGCCUAUGCGCUGCAGGACAACCAGCUCUGGUUGCGCCACCUGCAGAUUCUUGUCGUCCAAGUUCUUGGAGCCGGGUAUGUCGUCUACAAGCGUCUUAUUGUUGGUGGAGAGAAGACGAUUCUCCUGCUGGCCACUGUCUUGAUGUUCAUGGUUGGCCUCGUCAAGUAUUGUGAGAGGACUUUUGCACUGAAGCGCGGCGACUUCAGCAGCAUCCGGAGCUAUGUCAAGGAGCUACCGGCGCGCCCACUCCCUAUUCCACAUCUGCAAGCGUGGGAUAGUAGACUCGGUGAUCAAUGUGGAUAUGGAUAAAACCGAGGCUGAAAUCACAAGAAAAUUAAUCAACCAGAUCAGGAAUCCACAACAGCCCAUGGUCAU